GGGGUGCGAGAUCCUCUGCUCGAAGGUGCUGCCUGCCUGCCCUUAGCGCUAAGCGGAAGAUGCGAAUCCAGGGUGGCACCAGCAGCCGACCCCCGCCGGAGCCGCUGGGACUACCUGUGUGGCCCCGCAGCGGCUGCUGAGACCUGCUUGGAACCUCAGCCAUCCUAAACCAUGUGAACGCGUUGAAUCCGGUGCGGUUCUUCUCUCGGACCCAUCGCUUCUGUGUCUCUCCAAACAGACAGACAACAGGCAGCAGAACGCUCUCUUAUUUCUUUUUUCUUUUUUAAAAUGUAUUUUAUUUUUUUUACAAAAUUAAGCCCUUGGAGAUCACUAGGUGGGAGUUUUCUCUGAAGAUCCAGCCAGCGCCAAAGCAAUACCAGAUCUCAUUAGCUUUACGCAGACAGUGAUCCCGAAGACUGUGAGAUAAGUAAGAAGAUUCACUGUGCAUUGUUAAAAUACUGAAAGGGCGCAAGAAAUUGUCCUGCUGGCUGGUCUAUCAGGAAGAGCUCUGAGAACUGAAUAUAUUUGUAAGCCUGGGACCAGGACAAUACCAGAGUGCCUGCAAUAUCAUAGAAAGGGCAGAGAAAGAAGGCAAGCAGUUUCACCAUGGAUAAGGACAGCAUGACCCUAGCUGACCAGCAAUAUGAAUGUGUAGCUGAGAUUGGUGAAGGUGCCUACGGUAAGGUGUUCAAAGCCCGGGACUUGAAGAAUGGAGGGCGCUUUGUAGCGCUGAAGCGGGUGAGAGUGCAGACGAGCGAAGAGGGGAUGCCACUUUCCACCAUCCGGGAGGUGGCUGUACUGAAGCACCUGGAAACAUUUGAGCAUCCCAAUGUGGUCAGGUUGUUUGAUGUAUGCACAGUGUCCCGAACAGACCGAGAGACCAAACUAACACUUGUGUUCGAGCAUGUCGAUCAAGACUUGACCACUUAUUUGAAUAAAGUUCCAGAACCUGGAGUGCCAAGCGAAACUAUAAAGGACAUGAUGCUACAACUGCUACGAGGACUUGAUUUUCUGCAUUCCCAUAGAGUGGUCCACCGUGAUCUGAAACCGCAAAACAUACUAGUAACCAGCAAUGGACAGAUAAAACUAGCUGAUUUUGGGCUUGCAAGAAUCUACAGUUUUCAGAUGGCUCUUACCUCUGUGGUUGUCACUUUAUGGUACAGAGCUCCUGAAGUUUUGCUUCAAUCAAGUUAUGCAACCCCGGUUGAUCUUUGGAGCGUUGGUUGCAUUUUUGCAGAAAUGUUCCGUAGAAAACCGCUUUUUCGUGGAAACUCUGAUGUUGAUCAACUAGGAAAAAUCUUUGAUGUAAUUGGGCUUCCACAAGAAGAAGAUUGGCCUAAUGAUGUUGCCCUUCCAAGAAAUGCCUUCACGUCUAGAACUCCGCAGCCUAUUGAAAAUUUUGUAGCUGAUAUUGAUGACCUGGGCAAAGAUUUACUACUUAAAUGUUUAGCAUUCAGCCCAUCAAAGAGAAUAUCAGCAUAUGAUGCCUUAUGUCACCCUUAUUUUCAUGAUCUGGAGAAACGCAAGGAAAGUACGGACUCCGAUAUGUCAUCCAGUCAAAACUCCUCUGAGAUAAAUUCUCCAUAAGUAUGCUUCAAACUCAGCUUGCGGAUGAAACCAACAAGGUCACUGUUGAAGGUGGAAACCAUAGAUGGUGAACUAAAGAUCAUUACUUGAAAAAUCAUCACUUCAUGAAUUAUCUGUGUGCUUCAGAAUGAUGAUCUGCUUCGCCAAGGAAAAGAAUCUCGUUUUCCUUCAGUAAGACAAUGCAAGAGGCAAGACUCUCACUUCGGCCUGAUGUUUAAGUCUGAUUGUCUGGAGAUCGCCAGGUGAAGACAAGCUGCUGACCGUAUCUACUGCCAUUUUUUUUCUCUUAACACUGAAUGGUGCCAGAGUGGAUUAGAGUAAUCUAGUCUCACUGCCAAAAUGCAAUUGCUUCUCUGUCUAGCUGCUGAAGUCUGAUUUGGUACAUCUUUGGAGAUAUGGUGAUUAAUUAUGAUUUUUUUUAAAAAAAUCCAUAGAGCAAUAUUUACAAGAACAGCACUGCACCUCUAUUAAAUAGCAAACAAUCUGCAUUUAAGGGAAAUGUAUAUAUACCCUUCUCCAGUAGGAAACAUGAGAUGCUCUUCUUAAUCAUUUGUGUCUCUGACUUAAUGCACGGGAAAUUUUUUAACAAGAUUGUGAAGCAAAAAAAAGUGGAUUUUCAGCAAAUUAAUCUGUAGGAGUCAUUCAUUUAGUCUAGGUUGGUUCAGUCAACUUUAUCGCACAGUGUAACUUCUUUUUUUCCUGGCUAUUGUGUGUAGUUUUGGGCAAUGAUAACAUUUCCAACAUAUGUGAUAAGACAAAUCAAGUAUUCCUUCUAUGUUAUAUAUUUAUAAUUUCUAAUGAAAAAAAUGCUUAGGGGCAACAUCUUUUCCUGUGCUUGAAGAACAAAUUAGAGGGCUAGAGCGAGGACUCCAGUGCUAUAAUUCAUACAGCCUGCUCUGCCCACUGUAAAACUCAGGCAUUAGAGUGCCCAACUCUGGUUGCCACAGCCAAUCACCCAUAGUGCAUUCGCAUUUCAUGUACUUUAGUAGAUUUUAUUUUUCUAUGUAGUAAUGUGUGAGGAUCUCUGUCUGCAACUCCUUUUAGACUGACUGGUCUAGUAUUCGUUCUAACUUCCUGUCAUUGAAAGCCAGCUUUAAUAAAUAAUUCACCUAGCUGCCUUAGCACAAUUCUAUUAAAUAUGACAUUACAUUUUGUGUGUGUAUAUAUAUAUAUAUACACAUACAUAUAUAUAUUUAGUUUAAGGUUGUUUUUUUAAAAAAAAUAGAAUUUUUAAAAGAAAUUUUAUUUUUGUAGUACUGAAAUAAUUUUAAUCCACAAAAAUGAAGAUAUGUGCUUAGCCUGGUUCAAUUGCAAUGACCCAGGUGCAAUCCCAAGGAGAACUGGCCCUAAAUGUUAAGAGGUGCAACAACAAUACAAUAAGUGCUGCUGAGCCAAUGAAGGACUAGUGCUAUUAACACCCAUAAUAAGCUUUAUUACUGUAAUGCCUGUUUUGUCUUCUCUGUCGGAACUGUACAAACCCAAGUCCUUAAUUUCCGCAAAUUCAUUCCUAGGAGAUUCCCACCCACUCCCCAGCUCCUUUUGGGCAGUCCCAUAUAUAACCUGUAUCAGGGACAGGACACUCUAAUUCUCUGCACUACAGAGGACCUGUGUUUCUAUGAGGUUAGAUCCAGAUUAAAGUUUCCAGUGGUAUGAUGGAAUUUCCCUGCCUCUCCCAUCCAACCGGAGGCCACCAGUCGCCACAAAAUGUUUCUUCUGGGGGAAAAGGAGAAACUGAGGAAUCACAUGUGGGGGGGGGGGAGUUCUGCAGUAGAAAGGAGGAUUAGGUGGAAGUUACUAAUUUAGUAUGGAUUCAACCCAUUAUGUGGUUUGCAUGAAAGCAUGGAAGAGAGAUUGAAGGAAGCUCCCAUGUGGAUGUGCCCUUAGCAUCAUUCAGCACAAUCUUGGUGAUGUUAUUGUGGUUAUCUUAUCAGUGCCAAUGGAAUAAGUAGUUUAACUUUCUCUGGAUUGUGAGCCGUGCCACUAGAUGGCACAUGAAGGUUGUGAACCAACAAACUUUUUAUCCAGAUAUUUUAAGGAGACGUGAUACAUCUUUCCCCAAGAGGAUUAAAUAGAGAAGCUCUUUUUGCAUACCCUCCUAGUCUACACUUGCUAUGGACAUGUUUCCCUUAAGAGCUAAGCUCACUGUCCAGCUGCUUUCCAUUCUUUUAGUUGUGAGCUGUCCCUUUCAAAAGUGUGAGACAUCUGUUGCCCCACCUGCCAGGACCAACAUAAAAUAAGUGAUGUACUUCUGCAAAUGUUAGGAAAUUCAGCAUAGUGUGCUUCUCUUUCUUUAUUAGGGGAAUAACAUUUUGGAUACUUAGGGAAUGUCUACCUAAGAAUCUUUCUUUCUUCCAAUAAAGCACUUUGGCUAAAAUCCAGGGGUCCAUUUACAUGUUAAGUGUAGCUUUGUUUCUGACAGAAGCGCCCAGUCCUGCUGUGGUAGCUCCUGAAUGUUUUGUGGGCAUUUUGUUUAAAAGGUGAAGGGGAGACUGAGCAUCAAAUGAGUUGUGAUUGGAACACUCCAUAACUUAAAGAGCAUAUUAAGAAUUAUUACCUCUUUCACAAUUUAAAAUGCCCAUCCAAGCAAGCAGUUAGCUUUGGGGGAAGGGGGGCAGAGAGAAGCUGAUGACCCUAUCUUUCUUCCUAUGGAGAAUUUCUUGCAACCCAAGUGGCUGCUUGAACAUAGAGUAUAUAUCAGAGUAUACAUAUAUAUGUGAAAUUGUAUUAUGCUGAGUCAGACAGUUGAGCCACCCAGCUCCGUAUUGUCUGCUCUAAAUGGCAGCAGUUUUACAGGGCCUCAAGCAGAGAAAAUACACACUGCCCAAGUUCCUUCAACUGGAGAUGCCAAGGAUUGAACCUGGGUCUUUCUGGAUACAACGUGUAUUUUUAUUGCUGAGCCACACUUGAGCCACACUCUUUCACCAAGUUUCCAUUUGAGGAGCUCCUAUUUUUAGGCAUAUCAGUGAAACAGCAUGCAGUUUGAUACCUCCAUCCCAGCAUCCUCUGCAAUGCUUCGUGGUACCCUUCACCUUAUGUAGUGCAGCCACUUAGCACAAGAAAGUGUCAUAGAUUAGUCCUGCUUGACGCCCAACUUAAUUUUUCUUUAAGCAAAUUUAGUUACUAUUUCUGUAAUAUGUUACUUUAAACUUUUGACGUGAUUAACACAAUUUCAAAUAAUUUUAUGAAAAGUAUUGUUUUGGCUGCUAGAGAAUAUGUUUUGAAAUAUAGAAUAACCGGGAAAUAACACCGUAUCAAUCUCUUAGCUAAUAAUUCUCUCUUUCCAGCUUAUACCACUUUAUAGGGUUACAUAUCAAUAGAUAAAAUGCAUCAGUCAUAAAAUAUAUCUUAAUUUAAAAGGUCAGGCAAAUAUCUACAAAACCUUUUUAGUUAGAAUUCUUCAGAGUUUGAAUGGAAUUUGCUAGUAUGGUAUGUGGGUUAGAGAUUCUAUGAGAUUUGCUAAUAUGAAAUGUUUUAGGAAUUCUUCUGCAUACUUCUGCCUUCAUAUUCUGUCUUCUGACAAUUCAAAAUUAUUGUAGUCAGUAAACUUUUCUUAAUAUCACUGAUUAUAGCAUUAGAAAUGUUUCUGGAACAUUCUGUUAGGCGCUCAAUACUUUGAAGUGGCAAAAGGAUAAGUAACGGCUGUGCAUAGACAAUAAAUUCAGACUUAAGAAGACA